AUGUCCAGCGAGCCGCCGCCGCCGCCGCCAGCAGCGAAACCUCCGUCCAUCCCCUCCACCACUGCCCUCGCCACCGCCGCCGACGGGACCACCACCAUAUCCUCCCUCGGCCAAGACCAACUUCUCGACAUCUUCCUCCGCCUGCCCAACCUCCCGGAUCUCGUCCGCGCCGCGCUCACCUGCCGCCCAUGGCUCUGCGCCGUCCGCUCCUCCCCGUCCUUCCGCCGCCUCUUCCGAGCCCUUCACCCAGCGCCCCUCCUCGGGAUCUUCCUCAAAGUGGACGACGACACCGCCCCCUCCUUCGCACCCCUGCGCCGCUCGGAUCCCGUCGUCACCGCCGCCCUCCGCCGUGGCGACUUCUUCCUCACCUCCCUCCCGCUGGACGACGCCUGGACUGUCACGGACUGCCGCGACGGUUACGUCCUCCUAUGGAAUACUCUCUCGGCCGUGGCUGUGGUGAACCCCAUGACCUGGGCUGUGGACGUCAUCUCCUUCCCCGAUGAUGUCGCGGAUGGGAGUCUCAGCGAUUUCGGCUUCCUUGGUUUCCACCUGCUGACUUCCGACGAGAAUCCCCGGUCGUUCCGUGUGGUCUGCCUCUGCGCCGACGUCUCUAGGGUUCGUGCUGCCGUCUUCUCGUCGGAUACAAGGGGUUGGGCCGUCCACCCAUGGGUGGAGAUCGGUGGUGAAAACAGCCUCAAGUACGGUGCAGGCACGAUGGUGGACGGUUCAGUUUACUGGCCUUUCUAUGCCGAAGGACGCAUUAUCAAGAUCAACACUGCCUCCUCUGUGGAUCUACCCUCACACACAACUAUUGAUUACUGGCAAGACGAUUUCAUCGUUGGGGAUACCAAGGAUGGAGAACUCUGCAUUGUCCGUGCAUCCGAUGAUUUUCGCCUCCAUGUUUGGAUCCGUAGUGUGGGCGGUGAUGGAAUUGGGAUUUGGGUGCGGCAGAACAUGCUCUCUUUGGGUGCGGAAAUUGAUCGGGUCACUCGGGGCUUGGAGGGCCAAGUCAGGGUUGUGCAAGUGAGGUCUGGAUGUGUCUACUUCUCCAUGACACGCAUGACUAAUGCUGGCACACAGCGCACCUGGUUCUUCUACCUUUCAUUGGAGACCAUGGAGAUCGAGUUACUAAUCCACGGCACAUUUGAUGACUGUGCCUUUCCGUAUCAUAUGGCCUGGCCUCCUUGUUUGAUUGGUGAUGAUGGGAGCACUGGACAUGAAGUUGAAGCUUCUUGCUGAAGUCUGCACUUGUUUGCCGUACGAGGAAAUGAAUGAAUGGGAUUUUUCCGCAGCAGGGAUAUUUGCGUUUUUGCGAAAGAGGAGGGGAAUCUGCGGGUGGCAAGUCGUCGUUGUGCUUGGCAUCGAAAUGCAUUAUUUCUGGUGGCUGCUCAUGAGGAAAGUUGGGAAUCAACUGCAUUUGUUGUGAUAGAUUUGUACAAAGGAUACUUGCUUUUGCAAUGUAUUGCCUCGAGUAGUGGCCAGUGCCCAGAAUGAUACCGUGAGUCUGCCUAUCAUUUUAGAACAUUCAGCAACUGAACCUUUUAUCUCUUCUCCGGUUAUUUAAUCGAGUUUAAGUUUCAGUAUGUUAUAUUCAAGUAGCAGAACAUUAUAUGGCAAAGUUUCACUGCAAUUUCUUUUGUUGAGAA